GGAGACGAGUAACCACCUCCAGCCCAAACACAGUCACCACCACCUACAACCCCCGCUGUCUCCUCCCCUUCCCUGCCACAACCGGUCCUUCUCCGCGGAAGCCGGCGAGCCGCCGCCUGCCCCAUCCUCCCCGCCACGCUCCUCCGCACCGCCAUUCCCCAUCACUUCCCUCGGGUGAGGUAAAGAAGCGAUCUUUCUACCAGCUCCCGCCCCCUCCGGCAACGUAGGCGCCGCUCGCAUUUCGUGCGCGGUUACUCGGCUAGAUCUGCGCGCAUUUGGCGUUCUCAGGUGUAGAUCUCGCUUCUACCUCAUUUCCUUCGGUGAGGUACGUCGGUGGCGGCUUGGUUGAGAUGGAGGAUGUGGUCGAUGACGUCAUCGACGCAACGGGUCCGGCGGCUGCCGUCGAGGAUGGGGCCAGUGGGAAGUCUGCAUUGCCUAGCUUAGGGGGCCAUGGUGAGGAAGAGCAUGGGGAGAAAGGCAAUGAGGAUAACUCAGGGGAGAGCGAGGUGAUCAACCCGCCCGAAGAGGCUGGCGGGGAAGCCACCUCGCCCCCCGAGGGCAGGAAGCCUCGCCUUUCCAAGGGGAACCAAAGUCAUGGACCUAAGGCUGUGAAGUCUAAGAGCCCAAGGAGUGGAGAUGAAGCUCAGUCAAGGAGAAGAACCCUCAAUUCUUCUCUUCCUAAGGCAUCCGUUGCUCGGGUAUCAAAUGGUGAUGCCGGUGUCGUUAGUAAUAAAGCUGUCAAGAAUGAGUCUCACUCAUCUUCCAAGGAUGCAGCAUUGUUGGAUGACUCCAAGGAGAAAAGGAAAACUCAAAAGUCAUCAGGCCAGCACUCUUCCAUCAAAAGAGAUGAAGAAGAUUCCAACUGUGAGAGUACACAGCCUCGAAAAGUUGGCAGCACUCCUUCAUACGGCUUCACCUUCAAGUGUGAUGAGAGAUCUGAAAAAAGGCGAGAGUUCUAUUCGAAGCUUGAGGAGAAGAUUCAUGCAAGAGAGUUAGAAAUAAGCAAUUUGCAAGCUAAAUCAAAGGAAACUGAAGAGGCAGAACUCAAAAUGCUGCGAAAAAGUUUGAAUUUCAAGGCAACACCAAUGCCAAGCUUCUAUAAGGAACCAGCUCCUGCCAAGGUUGAAUUGAAAAAGAUCCCCCCAACCAGAGCUAAAUCACCAAAGCUUGGUCGUUCUAAAAACAAGUCCACACCAGAGACUGAAGAAAAUACUACGUCCGACCAACCUGCACGUCUGAGCCUUGAGGAAAAGGUUUCUCAAAAUGGUGUGAAAAAAUCAAACCCAUCAAAUUCAGCAAAGAAGCCCCAGAGAAAGUCACUCCCCAGAUUGCCAUCACAGGAAACAGGUAUGCUCGAUGACACAUCAAGCUCAUCACCUGCAAGGCAGCUAAAGAACACAAAGCCAAUUGCAGGUAGUGCUCAAGCGACACAGUCAGCUACAGGGCAGCUACAAGGAACUGAGAUGAAGCCAGACUCCAUUCAGGGUCCGAUCCAAGCUGGAGCUAAUCCUGAUGAACAGAUUGCAGUCUAGCGAAACUCGCGGUGACCAAACCAACUGAUUUGAUAUGGAUGGUGUGCCCCGGCUUUGUAUAAUAUUGUGCUUGUCUACUAGAGUAACUUGUGACCUGUAUUAUGCUAUGUGAUAUACUCCUGUUUCGUUUUCCUGGAGUUGAGCCUGUACGCUGCUUAUCUAGGUAGCUUUUGUUCAUAGCCUACAGUUAUAUCCAGAUUGUCC